AUGCUUUCAUUACUUGACGUUUCUUUCAAUUCUCUUAGUGGUGCUAUCUCUGAAAAGAUCGGAAAGUCGAAGCUUUCUAUCGUAUUUCUUUCAAAAAACCUACUCAAAGAAGUUCCUUCCACAAAUCACAUGUCAAACCUUUCUUAUAUACAAGUUAUUGAUCUGAGCUCUUGCAAUCUAGGGCCUCGCUUCCCCAAAUGGAUUCAGACACUCAAAAAUCUUACCAUUCUUAAUCUUUUCAAUACUGGAAUUUCAGACACAACCCCUCUGGAGUUUUGGGACAUGUCGCCUUCUCAAAUAGCAUAUAUGAAUCUCUCAUCCAAUGACAUUAGCGGGAUAGUACCAGAUUUAUCAUCAAAUUUUGCCAACGGUUCAAUUAUAGAUUUAAGCUCCAACAACUUUUGUGGUCCAAUACCGAAUGUUUCUUCCACUAUGUCGGUAUUAAAUCUUUCUAGAAACAAAUUCUCCGGAGGAAUCUCGUUUAUAUGCCAAAUUGUUGGUGGGUUAUUAUCAUUUCUUGACCUCUCUCAUAACUCAUUAACGGGACAACUCCCCGACUGUUUGUGGCAUUUUAAAGACCUAAGAGUUCUUAAUCUCGGACACAACAAUCUCUUUGGAAGGAUUCCUCCCUCUAUUGGAUCUUUAAUAGAACUCCAAGUGUUGUAUUUAUACAAGAACAACUUCUUUGGAGAAUUGCCUUUGUCUUUAAAGAAUUGCACGAGUUUAAUCUCGUUGAAUUUGGGGGCCAACAAGUUUUCUGCUAAUGUACCUGUCUGGAUUGGGGAAAACUUAUCAGGGUUGUAUGUUCUUAUCUUAAGAUCAAACAAAUUCUUUGGAACAAUCCCCUUACAGUCAUGUCAAUUAGCUAAACUUCAAAUUAUGGACUUGUCGAUCAACAAUUUCCAUGGAACCAUUCCUUCAUGUUUGAGUAAUCUUACGGGCAUGGUUCAACAAGGAUUCUCACAAGAUGUACAAUUUCAUAUACCAUAUUUCUCCGAGACAUAUGUUGACCAUGCAAUGAUUGAGUGGCAAGGAGAUGAACGUUCAAAAGUACCACUUGUCAUUGGUGAAAGUGAAGGUGAUGGGGAAGACGUAGAUGAACUUCAUAUAUGGUUUUAUGUUGGUGGGGGCAUCGGUUUUGUUACUGGAUUUUGGAUAGCAUGUGGCGGCUUACUUCUUAACCGUCGUGGGAGACAUGCAUUUUUUCACUUUUAUGAUAGCUUUAGAGAUUGGGUUUAUGUGAAGGUGGUGGUGUUCAUUUCAAGUUUGCAGAAGGCUAGACAGACAUAG